GGGGCGGGCGGCUCAGUCAGGGAGUUCUUUAAAGAUGGCCGGAGCGACGGCCGCCGCCGCGACCCCCGUGUACUGCGUGUGCCGCGAACCCUACGACGUGAGCCGCUUCAUGAUCGAGUGCGACAUCUGCAAGGACUGGUUCCACGGCAGCUGCGUUGGGGUAGAGGAGCACCAUGCUGUUGACAUUGAUCUGUACCAUUGUCCCAACUGUGCAAUUCUCCAUGGACCUUCUCUAAUGAAGAAGAGGAGAAACUGGCACAGACAUGACUACACAGAGCCAGAUGAUGGCUCCAAACCAGUGCAGGCUGGAACACGGACCUUUGUUAAACAGCUGCGGGCUCGCUCUUUCCCAAGUGCUGAUGAGGUAAUUUUGAAAAUGCAUGGAAGCCAGUUAACACAAAGAUACCUGGAGAAACAUGGCUUUGAUGUUCCCAUUAUGGUUCCUAAAUUAGAUGGUCUGGGACUCAGACUUCCUCCACCAACUUUCUCCGUUUUAGAUGUGGAACGCUAUGUAGGUGGUGACAAAGUGAUAGAUGUCAUAGAUGUAGCAAGACAAGCAGACAGUAAAAUGAAGCUCCAUAAUUACAUUAAGUACUUCACAAAUCCUGACCGACCCAAAGUAUUGAAUGUGAUCAGCCUGGAAUUCUCGGACACAAAGAUGUCUGAAUUAGUGGAAGUACCAGACAUUGCCAGAAAGCUUUCGUGGGUGGAAAAUUAUUGGCCAGAUGAUUCUGUCUUCCCUAAGCCCUUUGUUCAGAAGUAUUGCUUGAUGGGUGUCCAGGACAGCUACACCGAUUUUCAUAUUGAUUUUGGAGGAACAUCAGUUUGGUACCACGUUCUCUGGGGUGAGAAGAUAUUUUAUUUGAUCAAGCCCACUGAUGAAAAUUUGGCUCUCUACGAGUCUUGGAGUUCAUCCGUCACCCAGAGUGAAGUGUAUUUUGGGGACAAGGUUGACAAGUGUUACAAGUGUGUUGUGAAGCAAGGACACACUUUAUUUGUUCCAACAGGCUGGAUUCACGCUGUGCUCACAUCUCAGGAUUGUAUGGCUUUUGGAGGAAACUUUUUGCACAACCUCAACAUUGGCAUGCAGCUCAGGUGUUACGAAAUGGAGAAGAGACUAAAAACCCCGGAUCUUUUCAAAUUUCCCUUCUUUGAAGCCAUCUGUUGGUUUGUGGCCAAAAACUUACUGGAAACAUUAAAAGAACUGAGGGAAGAUGGUUUCCAGCCUCCAGGCUAUUUAGUGCAAGGAGUGAAGGCUUUACUUACUGCUUUAAAAUUAUGGAUGAAAAAAGAACUUGUAACAGAACAUGCCUUUGAAAUUCCAGACAACAUCAGGCCUGGGCAUCUCAUCAAAGAGCUCUCUAAAGUGAUUCGUUCUGUAGAGGAGGAAAACAGCAAAUUAGUUAAAACUCAGGGAAUUCUUGGUGUGUCUCCAACUUCACGAUCUUCACAUGAAACAGCUUCCCCUCACCACUCCAGACGAAGGGUGAGGAAGCUGAGAGACCAUGCUACCAAAACUCCUUCUAACCUGGACAUCCUGGAACUCCACACUAGGGAGGUGCUGAAAAGGCUGGAGAUGUCACCAUGGGAAGAGGAUAUCACAAGCUCAAAACUGAACGGGAGGUUUAACAAACCCUUUCAGCCCUCUUCUACAGUACCUGAGUGGAGAACAAAAGACAAUGAUCUUCGCCUUUUGCUGUCAAAUGGAAGAAUAAUUAGAGAUGAGAGACGUCCAUUUACAGAUCGAAGUCUUUACACAGCAGACAGUGAAGAUGAAGAUGACAGGACAAGGUCGAAAAAAACAGCUGUUAAGGUAGAAGAGCAGCCCUCAGGAUUUGAAGGAGAAGGGAAUGCAGAUGCCCAGAAACCACUGAACAUGUUCUUUGAAAGUGUGAAAUCAGAACUCAGGAAUGGAUCCUCAGAGUACUCUGAUAUUUCUGAUUCAGAAGAAUCUGAGCCUGAUUGCACUACACAGCAGAAGGAUUCCUCCACAGAGGAGUCAGAAAGCUCAGGUGAUGAAGAGAAGCAGGAAGUAACAUCAAAUUUCAAAGAGGAAUCUAAGGUCACAAGAGACCUUUGUCAAAAUACCCAGAAGCCAUCCAGAAAUGAAACUCCCAGUAAAAAGGAAUGUCCUACCUCGACAAGUACAGAAGAAGAAGCUAUUCAGGGCAUGCUUUCUAUGGCAGGAUUGCACUAUACUGCAUGUUUACCAGGUCAUACUCAAAGCACAGACUGCACAAAUAAAAGAACCUCUCUUCAGGAACACAGAAGCUACCCCAGGAGUCGGCAUAAAGACAGACAGCCAUCUCAGAGCCACAGAAGCAUAGAAUGUGGUAGGUCUGUGAAGGAGGAGGAAGGAGACUUGGGAACUUCAGCGUGGACUAGACACCUGAAUGAAGCUUCAAGGAUUGCCCCUCAGGAUGCAAAUAAAACUCAAAAAUACAUCAAGAAGGAGGGUGCAUCAGAAGCCAGUCUUAAGGUUCAGGAAAACAGAAGCAUAGUCCAUAGCAACAACUUGAGUUUUCAGCAUGGCAAAUACCCACGAGACUCCAGCCUGGUGCAAGCAGAAUGUCAGCUGAGUGAUGGCAGCCUUAGCCCUGACAGGCCCUAUGGUGAAACGUCCUUGUCUGUACCACUGCACCCAAUAAAGAGGCCAGCAUCAAACCCACCCCCCAUCAGCAACCAGGCAACAAAAGGCAAACGUCCAAAGAAAGGAAUGGCAACUGCAAAACAGCGCCUUGGGAAGAUCCUGAAGCUGAACCGGAAUGGCCAUGCACGCUUCUUUGUUUAAUGUAGCUGCUACUUCUACUACUGCUGUCUUUCCUACAGACCAGUAUUGAGGGCAACAGAGCCUGGAGCUGCUGUUAUUCCUCUGCUUGAAGCAGACUUGCAUGUACCAUAGAAAACACACUGCCUGAUGAACAAAAGAAAGAAAGAAAAAUUAAAAAAAAAAAAAGAAAAAAGAAAAAAAGCAAAAACACACAAAAAAACCCAACCCAAUGCUGCAUUUUCACUGUGCCACACCUGCUCAGCAAUAACCAUUCGGGAACGGGGAAAUCUUCAGAGAGACACAGACUGUGAGAAAGUCUCUCAUCAGGGCUUGAAUAUCAUUUGUUGCUGGUAGUUUCUGAUCUAAAUUAAUGAGGGGAAGAUAAUGAAGGUGGUUUAUCAAUAAUUUAUUUCUGAUAGAUUUUUCACAACUUUAAAAUUCAUUUAAGAAACUAUUUAUUUGGAAGACUUUUUUUCUGUGGGGGGUUAUUAAUUUAGAUUUAAUAAUGUGAAAGUUUUAAAUUGUUUUGAUAAUGUGUGUUUGGUGCAGUGGAGAGCCACAUUAAUUGUGAUUAGUCUGGACUCCUAAAUUUGAUAUUCAGGUUAUAGUCUUAAAUAGGGGUGAGAUGCAUUAUUAAUUAUUUUUUAAAUUAAGGCAUAAGGAAUCUUAUUUUUUUUUUCCUGCUUUUUGUAAGCUAUUGGCUGGGCUUCUGUUGACUUGCAAGUUGCAUAUUCUCUGCCAGCUUGAUUAUUUUUUGACCUGUCCUUUUUAAUAUCAGAUUUAUUUAUUUAAUGGACUAGAAGAGACUCCUGAAGACAGAAGAAUUUUCUUAUGUCAGUCCAGUAGCUAACUUGUUUUGAACUGCACCUCUUUCCUCCAAAUCUUAGUACAUAUUUUCCUCCUGAUGAUCUGUCUGUGAUGAUUUUCUUCUGUAAAAAGACUCCUUGAAACUGUAUUUGUUCAAGUUAUUUAAGAGUGGGUACAAAGGAGGAAGACCCAAUAGAUCUUUUGGAGGAACGAGGACAUCAGUUAAGAUCAAUGUUUCUUCAGAACAGUUGCUCUCAAAUAACUCAUAAGAUACAUAUUGCAGUCAUAAGAUUUGGCAUUUUCCUUAAUGUAGCAUGGAAGAAGCAUUAAAAUGUUGUUAUUGUAUGUUAAAAACAUUUUACUGAAGAGUCAUGAAAGCAGGAGAACGUGAGCUGCUUUCAGAGCUGGGUGAGACAGCAAAUUCAAAGUCUUAACUGGUCCAUAUAUUAUAAGCAUUUAAGUAGCUUACUGGUAUCAGAAUCAUCAUUUGUGUCAGGCUUCAUACAGAGCUGAUAGCAAAUGCCAAUUCUGAAUUAUUGUAAAUAAUUUUGAUUUAAAAUGUGUAUUUUUCUGUAAUAUAAAAUGAAAUAUUUAACUCUAGAGGGUCGGGGAUGAAGGCGGAAAAGGGAAUACUUUUACUUGAUUCUGGAAAAAGGGCAUUUUGCAGGGUCCAGCCAAAAUGUAAACAUUAAUAUGCUAAUGACAACAAUAUUAUUGGUUGGUUGGGGUUUUCUUGAGUUUUUUUUUAUGGGUAAGAGUAAAAAUACUCCUGCAUAGCUGUCCAAGUCAUCAAAUUGAUUUCAAUUUUUGACACCAAUUUUUCCUUCCUCCAUAUCCUAUACUGGAAUAAUUUUCUCUUACAGUUUCAAAACAAAGUCAGUUUUAUUUUCUAGAAUAUUUGUGCAGAGUUAUUUUUAUUUAGCCUAGGUUAUGAAUGCCUUCAGAAGUUUGUGGAAAUAGUUCUGAUGUUCUUUAUUACUGCAGGGUCAGAGCCAAUUAGCACUAUGUUAUCCUGUGUCCUAAUGGAGAAACACCAAAAUAUAGUGCCACUGCAAAAAAGUCAGGUAGCUUUCAUAGCUUUGUCUGGAGCUUGAACAGUUUAGAAAUUAUUUUUGCAGCCCCACUUUUACAUUAUGAUGACUUAACUUGUUCUGUGACUUGUAUAGAUGAAUUUUUAAGCUUUUUUUUUGUUUGCUAAUUAAUGUUUCGCAAACCAUAUUUUUAGUCUUCUUAAUAUUUUUUAAUUUAACACAGGUUAUCAACCUUUAGAAUAUUGGGAAUGGAGGUAGUCAAGGAUUUCUAAAAAGCAGAAGAUAAGCUAAGAAGUAUUCUACAGGUGCUGAAAAUGACUGUAAGGACUUGCUGUUCUCAGGUGCUAUGUUUUCUAGAUGGAAAUAGCUAAAAGAGAAUAUUUUAACUAUCUUCUAAUAUGUUCUCACCAAAGUAAGUCAAAGAAAUAAACUAUGUUGUCAAUAUUAGUUAAAAUUAUAUACUCAUAGAAAUUUUCUCUUAGUUUAAACUUGAGCAAAUGGUUUAAUGCCUGCCAGACUUUGGAAACUGUUUUAGCUUUAGCAUAUUGAACCAAACUGUUUCCUUCCUGCUGGCUGUACGAUUUCUAAUGAUAGAGAAUUCCAGUUUAGGGCAGCAGUCAGAUUCAGAACAGAAUAAAGAAUGAGUCUCUCUCCUUAAAGACAGAAUUUUGUCUGAAGUAAAAGUAUGCCAGAAUAGAAUCUGGAGUAAGGAAUUCUAAAAUACAGAGUAUGCUUUCUUGUACAUGUGAUUGGUUUGUACAAAGUCUCUUUUCAUCCAUGCUAUUUAUCGUAUUAUCUUACUGUUGAAACAUAGAUAUGGCUGGACCCAUAUAUAUUAUUUCCUCUUGGUUUUUAUCCUUUCUUUGCUCUUACUUUCUACCUUUUAUUUUCCAAGUGGCUCUCCACUGUCAUGGAUUUAUGUAAUAGUCUCUUCACAGGCUGUCAACAGGCAGAGGUUCAUUCCCAUUUUCUUCAAGUAACCAUGCUUCCAGCAGAAGUUAAAUCUGAUGUUCCAACUCAGAACAAGUAAUUCAAAAGAAAUUGCUAUGUUGAGCAGUAUUUAAAAAAAAAAAAAAAAAAGAAAAACAACAAAGGGGAAAAAAGAAAACUCCUGGUAGCUCAUGAAGAGGAUGUGGUGACCUCACUUGUUUUGUGUACUUGUAUGUAGGGAUAUAUUUGUUGUGUUCUAGCUGAAAUCACUUCUGCACCAAUCUUUCUGUAGAUGGACUGAACCUUGUGUUGUUGUAGUGGAGAGAAAAAGCCCAAUUUUUUUCCUUGCUGUCUCACUUGGGGUGGAAGAGGGAGGGAGUAGGGAGCACUGGCUGGACAAGAGUGUAUGGUAGCUUGUUUUCGAGGAUAAUGCGUUUUGAAAAGUCAGAACUCCCAUUUGGCAUAAAACUCAAUUUAAUUGCUUUAUUUUUUGUAGGCAGAACAAUAGGAAAUGAAAGAUUGAAGGGGUUUUCCUACUCUCUUAAGUUCUUACGUUCCUACAAUUGCAAAAAAAAAAAGAAACAAACGUGAAAAUGGAAAGACCACCUAGAAACUAUAUCAAAGACUCUUCCAGCAACUUUCCCUUUUCUUCUCCUACUAUACUUGCUAAUAAACCCUGGCUACAGGGUAGCCUUUGACCUCUGAGGUAGAUUACCUAUGCAACCUAUAAUACUCUACAUGAAUUCAUUCUUCAAGAGAAUUUUGGAAGGGUUAGAUGUUGAGAGUUAAAAUUGUUGUUUUCUGAUCAUGUGGGAGGUUUUGGGGGUUUUGAUUUUAUUUUUUUUUAAAUUUUUGGUGGUUGAAGUGCUUGUGUUACCUUUGGUAUUGAUGUAAGAGAGCACAGUGUCAUGACCACAUUUUCAGCUUUCCCUGGGCUUUGCUCUAAGGCUUGAGCUGCCUUCACUCACAAGACCAUAAAGUUGCAAGUGUUGAAAUUUUUUGCAGGAUUUCAGAGCCAGAGCUGCUGAGAAUCUUGCCUACCCCCUUUUUGGUAGCAGUGGAGACUAAGCAGAACUGAAACUAGAAUGACCCAGUGUCUAGUGCCCUCUUUAGGCUCCACAUGUCCCUUCACACUCCCACCCCCAAGCCUUGUGUCUUUCCAGAGUGUCAUUCACAUCAAUACUUCCAGACCAUUAAAAGCUGUUUGUAGUUCUGGGGCUGAGCGAGCCCAGUGCUACUGUUUGACAGAAGAAAUACAAAUGGAACCAAGGGCCUUACUGUUUAUCCUUAAACAAGAUGAAAAGCUGCAACAUCCAUUUUUCCAAAAAAUAAACCCAACUAAAAAACCACCCUGGUAACCCUCUUGGUGGGAGAGUAUGAAUGAUAAGUCAUGCAGUGGAUGGGAAAUGAAAGUAGCACUGAUAAAGAGAUGCAUGUUCUUCAGAGGCUGCAUUUCUGUUUGGAAAAAAAGGACUUUUUCUACUUUUAAUAUAAAUUAAGCCAUAAGAGUUUCAUGCUGUGGGAAGGGAAUGAAAGGGAUCACUUUAAGAGAUUAUAUUGAUAUGUAUUGUCACUUCUGCUGGGAAAUGUCUAUUGCUGCCAAUGCUUUGGUGAAUCUUUUUUUUUUUUUUAAAAAAACAAACAAACAUGGAAUUUGAAAAAAAAAAACAAAAACAAAAAAAUACCUGGGGCUAGUUCUUGGCUAUAUUUGCUAGUUUUGUAGUAAUGUUUUGCUGGCCCAUUUGUCUUUUCCUCCUUUUUCUACUCUCAUAGUCUAAUUUCUAUCUUUCCUUCUUAAUGUUUCUGAGAAUAUUAGCUUGUCUGCUCAGUAGGGGUCGGUGUAUGUGUGUCUUCCUUUUUACAGAAACGCACUACUGUGUUAAGUAUUUGGCUGGGAAAUGGGAUGCUGCAGCUUUAAGAGCAUUUUUUUCAAUUCAUAACAGUAUUUCCCAUCCUCUUUUGCCUGCAGGCAGGGAAAGUGUAUGUACAGUAUUUAUUUUGUUUUGAUUUUACUUUAAAUUUGUAAGUUUCUAUAAGUAGUUCACAUUGAUUAUUCUAGGGGAGGACAAGUGGCUUUGUUUAAAUUUGUAUUUGAUAUUCAUAGUUUCCACUUUCUGUACUUCAAAAUACUGAAAUUAAAAAAUUGUAUGCUUAUGUUUUGAUUUUAGCACUUGAAAGUGUUUAAUUUCUUCAGACUUCUGCUCAUUUGUUUCAGUGUAAAUAAUAGUAAAAUGUACAGAAUAUCUUCAGGAGAAAAAUUCUUUUCUAGGUCCAGUCUCUGUGCCCUUUGCUUGUCACAUUUUAAAGAAGAAAUUUUGUGGAGAAAUGUGAGGGAAUAUUCUCAUACUUUUUUUUUUUUUUUUAAUUUUUUUCCAAGUGCGAAUUUUAUUUCAAUCCAAGUAUAUUAUAUGGCAACUAAAUGCAUUUUGUGAAGAUGUGUAUAUUCUUUUUGAAUCCUAAUAUAAAAAGGAGAUGGAAGUGUUUGUGAUUCAUCAUAUUAUCAGAUCUAGAUCUGUAAGAAGGGUGUCAAAUGGUAUUUUUGUAUUCUUGCUCUUGGUUUUUGUUCAGGUUUAUCUCAUGCUAUUGAUGCCUGACUCAGCUCUUCAUUUAUUGCUUGUUUUGGUUUUUAAUUUUUCCUUGAAGCAUGUGCAGUUCCUGGAAGAAGAACUUUUCCUUUCACAUUUACAUAUGCUUAGCCAUAUUUGCUUUUGUCCUGGAGGACUUUGCUGACUUUUCCCUCCACACACCAUCAUCAUCAUCUGGUUUGCAGCUGCCAGUGCUCCCAGUUUUGAUUCCUGUGGCAGUGCAGUGUUUGCAUGUGGGUGCUUUCCUAGGGGGUGAUGAAGUGGUGUAAAGCCUUUCCUGUGCCCACUGACCUGCUGCUUGCUGUGCUGAGGGUCAUUCAUGGGAGCCCCAGAUCAAUGGUGCACCAUUGGAGCAAUCAGGGCAAAAGGGUUUGAUACCAGCACCCUGCUCAGGUUUGCUUCUUAGCCUGGCUUCUGGUUUACAGAGAAUUUAAGGUUGGCUGUAAUGACCAGGAGAUGUGUUCAUUGACUUCAUUGUGCCAGGUGCUUUAAAGAAAAAGAACAAGAAUGCUGACCUCAUCAGACCAUGUGCUGUUCAAUGGAACACUUAAAAACCCAUGACAAACUGGGCCUAAAGUUUAAAACAUGAUGGUGUUGCAGAUUUGGGAGGCAGAAACUUCCAUGCUGUUUCAAAACAAAUUUCAUUUGAGUGGAGGGAAAAAUGAAUCAAAUACAGGGGUUGAUGAUGAAAUAUUUAUAUGUCCAGAUAUCUGUUUCCGUGGUAUUUUGACAUGCCUUUACAUCUUUUCAAUUAAUGUGUUAAAGCUGAUUUUAAAUUUGGUUAGCCCAAGAUUUGCCAAAGAUCUGAAAGAGCAGUUUGUCUGUCCAAGCAACUGCAUGUUUUGAAAAGGUCUUAAAUCACUGUGAUUGAAGAACAAUGCUACACCUAUGCAUUUCCAUCAAGCACUCAUGUGGAUGUCACACUCAACUCACUGCUCAUGGUAAUGUUUUGGUCUUAAAGUGAUAGACUUGAGAGCUCCUCAGUGAACCACAAAUAAAAGUUUCAUACCCAUAUAAAAACCUACACAAGCAGCUUCACUGUUUGCCCUUGUGGCUUUUUGCCAGUUAAACUUCAGCGAUUUUUUUGUCUCAGUUAUUUAGUGGAUAACAGGAUAAUACACUGGAAAACAUGUGAAAUAUCUCAAGUGCUGCUUUGAAUGCUACUGGAUAGCCUUCAGCAGCUGGAGCCAUAUUUUUGUUAAAAGUCAGAAUUUCUGGUCUUCUGCUUUUCUGUUUGCAGAGGAUGGAAAAAUACUUACCUGGAUUGCUCUUUCCUGAGGGACAGAUGGAUUUUAAAGAUUUCAAGGCUACCAAAUCCAGCAAAAGAAUUGAAUUUCUAAAGUCAGGAAAUGAACAAGAUACCUUUCUCAGUACCUGAAGGCUAAAGUUACUGAUUUUGGUUUUUAAUCAACAGCAUUCUGCUGUGUUGGAGGUAAAGUACCCACUUGCAAAGUGCCUACAGACUGGCUUUUAAUUUCUGUCCAUUUAGUGAAGUUCAACCCUCUCCAGAGGGUUUGUCCUGACCUCCAUAAGUUGUGAAGCUUUUGUGAUGGCAGCUCAUUACUUAACAUGUUCAACCAAACCUUGCCUAGUUCAUUUUGUUCAGGUGGAACUUGGGAUUUAUGAUGGAAACCUGACUAAGAGCAUGAAUAUGGUGAAGUCCAUCAUGCUGAGUGUUAGUUUCUACAGAAACUUGGGGUUUUUUUUUUAUAGAAGUAUUUGUUCUGGGAGCCCUUGUGACACUUUUUUAGUGCUGGUAAGUAAUGUUGGCUCUCUCAAGCCAAAAGUUAAUGAGGACUGAAAGUGUAAAAUCAGAAUGUUAUUGUUACUCCUUCUGAUACAGCCAGGACUGUUAAACACUUUGGUUUCUACAGUGGUAGUGACUGAAAUUUUUACCUGCAGAUAAAACAGCUGGUGAUCAAGACAGUGAAUAAAAUCUGUCAUUGCCAGAGCUCAUAGUAUUCCACUUAACAGCUGGCUACUAGCACAGUUUGCUUUGUCUAGAUUAAGGUCUGAUUUCUCAAAAGCCAAUUAUAUUCAGUCUUCAGAAUAACUACUGCAAAUUUUCAAAGAAUUGUGUUUGGUUUAGUAGAUCUACUUAUCUGUACUGCUUCUCCUGUAUUUGCUUGGAAAAAAUACUCUACUUUGGAACAUAUAAGUCAACUAAAAAAAACCAGUAUACAAAGA